UCAAAUUUUCAAAAUUAGAUAUUUUACAAUCAUCAAUUAAAGAAAUUAAAUCAUUAGAAUUAUUUAAUAAUGAUGGAAUUGAUCUCAUAGUUUCAAAUCCACCUUACAUUUCACCAAUGGAAUAUAAUAAUAAUUUAGAUCCGGAUGUUAAAUUAUGGGAAGAUAAAUUUGCGUUAAUGGCUAAUGAUGAUGGAACCGAAUUUCAUAAUCGAAUUGCUUAUCUUGCCUCAAAUUAUUUAAUUCGAAGGAGAAGAAAUAAUAAUAAUAAAUUUAAAUUUCAUGAUGAUGAUGAAGAAAAUCAAGAAAUUAUAAUCAAAAAAUAUCAAAUACCACAAUUGGUAAUGGAAAUUGGAGGAUCUCAUCAAGUAGAAAAGGUAAUUCAUUAUUUAAAUAAAUAUCAUUUUGGAUGGACACAAAUUUGGAAAGAUGCUACAGGAAAAGAAAGAUGUAUUGUUGCUAGGCUAGAAUGA